UUCUCGAUUCUGUUCUUUAGAGAAUCUUUUCUCUCUGCGCAGUCCUUAUCAGCGAUGAUCUUCGAGUGCAGGUCCGGAAUUUGAACGGGAUUUCCGUCACGUGGGAGCCGCGCCGCUGAAGUCAACACCUGACCAAGUGAUCCAAGUUGUCGAAACUUGAUCAUGGAGCUAGUUCGAGAUAGGCAUGUCAAAUUCUUCAACCGGUGUCUGAAAAUCUUACCAAGCAGCUUCGAAGAGCUCUUCGAUAGAAAACCCCUGGUCGCGUUCUUCUGUUUGAGUGGUUUGGAAAUCUUGGACCAAGUGCCAGAAGAAAAAUCGUCGUUCAUCGAUUGGCUGUACUCGAUGCAAUUCCUCGAUGCAGAAACAGACACAGCGGGAUUUCUCGGCGGAUUCUCAAUCGCAGAUAGCAAUAUCACGGAGCCUCAUAUAUUUGACGUACCCGUGCUCGGCAUGACCUACACGAGUUUGUGCUCCCUCUUGAUACUGGGAGACGAUUUAUCCAGAGUUCAUCGGAAGCAAAUAUUGAACGAUAUUAAACGACUUCAAUUGGAAGACGGGAGCUUCUACUCACAGUUUCUCGAUGGUGAAACCGAUCUCAGGCUCGUGUACUGUGCGGUCUCUAUUUGUUACAUCCUCGACGACUUCUCGACUAUCGACGUGGAUGCCUGCGUACGCUUCAUCAAGUCGUGUUUGACGUACGAAGGAGCCGUCGCAUGUCUCCCCGGAGCGGAAGCUCACGGGGGCUCCUCGUUCUGCGCGGUUGCGUCCCUGGCUCUCCUUGGUCGGCUGGAAGAGAUCCGAGAUAAUCGCGCCGACUUGGUCCGGUGGUGUCUCAACCGGCAGGAGUCUGGUUUCAAUGGAAGACCGAACAAACGUGUCGACACUUGUUACUCUUUCUGGGUCGGAGGGACUCUCCGUAUUCUUGACUCAUUCCAAUUCGCUGAUGGUGCGAUGAUACGCGACUUCGUGUGCCAAGCUCAAUCAGUCAUCACAGGCGGCUUCGGAAAGUGGAGCGAUGCGAGCCCCGAUCCUAUGCAUUCGUAUCUCGCUCUGGCGGGUCUGUCGUUCAUUGGAAAAGACAAACUGCAAGAAUUAUUCGUUCCUCUCAAUGUGACUGUGCGGACCCACGAGCGACUGAAAAAGAUUCACGACGCGUGGGAGACUGCGUGAAACGAUUUAAAUUCCGUCACCGCUAGUUUGAGGAGCCCAUUUGACAGAAACGCACCAACUCAGGUUAGGCGAUGUUCCACCCGCGCCACACAGAUGCCCUGAGCCCCGCAAAGAUCUCUGAUAUCGGCCGAGAGUUCUUCGCCGAGAGGCAUUAUUUUGCGAAAUAAAAGCAUUU